UUGCAGAAGAAGUUCCCGGAUGUUUUUUUUGGUGCACAUUUCCACAGCAACACCGCGACAUCUAAAGAAAAGAUAAUUGCCGCCUUGAAGGCAGGGUGCCAGAUGAUUGACAGUGCACUUGGAGGUAUGGGGGGAUGUCCCUUUGCAAAAGAGAACGACCUUGUUGGUAAUGUUGCGACAGAAACGGUGCUGCAGGCAAUAGAUGAGCUGAAUCUUCUGCCUUCAUCAAUUGACCGGAAGCAAAUUAACGAAUGUGUUCUUCUUAAGCAACAUAUAUUUGGGGUGACCGUGAAGGAUAUGUUAUUGUCACAAAGCCUGCGGGAUGAAAAGCGUUUUUUCCAAUUAUGCCAAGAACACUUCAAACUGUAUGAUGUAAACGACACGGGAAUGUUAGACUACGAGGGGUUUCGCUCCAGCAUGCUUCGUGUUUUUGAGGAGUUGGGCUGUGAUCCGCCAAGUGAGGAAAAAAUUUGCUCAAGCUUCCAUAAGGUUGAUGUGCAAAAGCUUGGAUGUAUCACACUUGAUGCCUACACGAUGGGCGCCAGGAGACUCCUCAUGAAGAGGCUGGGUUUUUUUGCCAAUGUGAAGAGCGGUGAGACCGGCGGUUCCCGUAGGAUCGCAACUGCCUAA